GGGUUUAGGGCUUUUGCUUUGUGCCUGGCAUCGCGCCCGACAAUUCUGUCCUCAACCUAUCAAAACUCAAUUUUGUUGAUACUGCUCAGUUACAAUGGUGUACAAUGAUCCUCACCAGCACCAGCACCAGCACCAGCACCAGCACCAGCAACAACCGCCACCGCAACAUUUUCAUCAGCAACAGCCAGAAGCGGAUUUUCUCAGGGGACCACCGCAGCAACAACAACAGCAGCCGCCGCCACAGAUGAUCCGCCAUCCUUCUGCUUCCUCCACGAAUAUAAAUCCGGAGUUUCACCACCCCGCUGCUGGAGGUCCUCCACCACAUUACGAUGGUCAUGGUGAUGGCUAUGGUGCGAAGAGAAUGAGAAAGCUUACCCAAAGAAGGGCUGUUGAUUAUACAAGUACUGUUGUGCGUUAUAUGCAGAUUCGUAUGUGGCAGCGGGAUUCUAGGGAUAGGACAGUAUUACAAGCUACCCCUGCAGCAGCAAUAGAUAUGUUGCCAACAGUCGCCUAUUCAGAUAAUCCAUCCACUAGCUUUGCUGCUAAAUUUGUUCAUACAUCUCUAAAUAAAAACCGAUGCUCAAUCAAUCAAGUCCUGUGGACUCCAACGGGGCGGCGUCUUAUCACCGGCUCACAGAGUGGGGAGUUCACUCUUUGGAAUGGACAGUCUUUUAAUUUCGAAAUGAUUCUUCAGGCUCAUGAUCAAGCAAUCAGAUCCAUGGUCUGGAGUCACAAUGACAACUGGAUGGUCUCUGGUGAUGAUGGGGGUGCAAUAAAGUAUUGGCAGAACAACAUGAACAAUGUCAAAGCCAACAAAUCUGCUCAUAAAGAAUCUGUCCGGGCCUUAAGUUUCUGUAGGACGGAUCUGAAGUUCUGUUCAUGCUCUGAUGAUACCACUGUCAAAGUUUGGGAUUUUGCACGUUGUCAAGAAGAGCGUUCAUUAUCUGGCCAUGGUUGGGAUGUAAAGAGUGUUGACUGGCAUCCCACAAAAUCUCUAUUAGUUUCAGGUGGCAAAGACAAUCUUGUGAAGCUUUGGGAUGCUAAGAGAGGGAAAGAGCUUUGCUCAUUUCAUGGCCACAAAAACACUGUCCUAUGCGUCAAAUGGAAUCAAAAUGGUAACUGGGUGUUAACUGCCUCAAAGGAUCAAAUAAUCAAGCUUUAUGACAUAAGGGCUAUGAAGGAACUUGAAUCUUUCCGUGGACAUCGGAAGGAUGUUACUGCUUUGGCUUGGCAUCCAUUUCAUGAGGAGUACUUUGUCAGCGGGAGUUUUGAUGGUUCCAUUUUUCAUUGGCUUGUUGGGCAUGAUACACCACAAAUUGAAAUUCCCAAUGCUCAUGAUAAUAGUGUAUGGGACCUUGCAUGGCAUCCUAUUGGAUAUCUUCUCUGCAGUGGUAGCAAUGAUCAUACAACAAAGUUUUGGUGCAGAAAUCGGCCAGGAGACACUGCUCGGGAUAAAUUUAGCAUGGGUAUGCAAGGUUAUGCUGAGCAAAAUCCUCUUGCUGGUCGUGCGGGUGGUAAUUUUGCUGCACCUGAGGGACCAGCAACUCCAGGAGCUUUCCCUCCUGGGUUAACACGAAAUGAAGGAACCAUUCCAGGUGUUGGGGUUGCAAUGCCCCUUUCCAUUCCUUCUCUAGAUGCAUCUCAGGGGGAGCUCAAGCAACCUCAUCCUGCUUCAAUGGGCGCUCCUCCCCUACCGCCUGGUCCACAUCCCUCUCUUCUUGCUGCCAAUCAACAGCAACCCUACCAGCAGAAUCCUCAGCAGAUUCCACAACACCAACAGCAGGCAUUACCACAACAGAUGGGUCCUAUGUCUAUGCCUCCUCCAAACAUGCAACAGCUACAGCAUAUGCCCCAUAUGCCUUUGCUCCCUCAUCCACAUAUGCCUCGCCCUCCAUCACAAAUGCCCCAACUUGGAAUGCCAGGAUCUCUUCAAGCACCUUCAUCAGUGCCUUCAUCACAUCCAAUGCCAAUGCCAGGGUCAAUGGGGAUGCAAGGUGGAAUUAAUCAGAUGAGAGCUCCAGGGCCACAGGGUCCUUUUGUUGGCAUGAAUCAAAUGCAUUCAGGAUCCUUGCCCACAAGUGGAGGACCGCCUGUUGGAGGUUUUCCAGGAAACUUGCAUAACAUGCAGGGGCCAUCAAAUGCUGGUUACCCUCAAGGUGGUUCAUUUAACCGACCGCAAGGUGGACAAAUGCCUUUGAUGCAAGGAUAUCCUCCUUACCAGUCCGGAAAUCAGCCAGGGAUGCCUCCCAAUGCAGGGCCCUCAUCGCACGCUCAACCUCCUCAAUAGGGAAAGAGUUUGUUUUCUUGACGCAGUUGUUCAUUGGCCAUUCUCUUGUAAAUUUCUCUCCCUUCUCGUUGAUGUUUUGCCAUCUAGUAUAGGGAAAGAAAUUGUUUUCUCUGCUCAGUUCAAUUUUCUUUCUUUGGUAUGUGAUAGCUUAAUUAAGCAUGUUGUAACCUAGCCAUUUUGGACGAUUCUUUAUAAAAAUUCCAUGCGUCUCGAUAAAUUUUAUGCAAAA